UUAUAGCGGGACUGCAUUGGGCAUUCUGACACUGGGGGAACUAACUUGGUGUCACUGACAUCCCCAGUGACACCAAUACAGUGAUCAGUGCUAAUAAAAAGCACUGACACUGUACUAAUGGCACUGGGCAGGAAGGGGUUAAUGCGGGGCGAUCAAAGGGUUAACUGUGUGCUGUUUUGCUGUCUGUGUGUGUGUUUCACUAAGCACACUGCUUUGCAUGGCUCUGCAAAACAGUGUGCAGGAGGUGACAGGGAAGAGAACUGUAUUCUUAACAUACAGUUCUCUUGCUCCGUCGAAAUGCAAAAU